ACCUUAUUACUAUCGGUUUUACGUUUUUCCAAAACAAAAAAAAAGUUUAUCUAUUUGAUCAGGUGCUAUAACACGUACGAUGAUCUAGCAAUUUAAAGUGAUAUAAAUAUGUACACACACUACCACUGACUGAGUUUGUAUUUAAGCGAACGACGUGUGCAAAUAGCGUCAGAAAUGCCUUGUGGUUCCUGCGUUGGUUAUGCCAUCGCCAUUCUUGCCGUGGUGGUUACCACCCUCAUAGCUUACUUUAAAUGGACCUACCAGUACUGGGAACGAAAAAAAGUCCCCUACCUAAAACCGAAAAUUCCAUAUGGCAACGGAAGCAGUCCACUUAGGGCCAAAGAGCACACAGGUUUACGAUUAGCACGUUUCUAUGAAGAAAUGAAAGCUAAGGGAUGGAAGCACGGAGGACUUUUCUCGAUCUUGACCCCUGGAUACUUGGUUGUAGAUUUAGACUACCUGAAGAAUAUAAUGACAAAGGACUUUCACCAUUUCGUAGACAGGGGACUAUACUAUAACGAAGACGCUGACCCUCUAAGUGCCCAUUUGUUCGCCAUAGGUGGCGAAAAGUGGCGAAAUUUGAGAACUAAAGUCACUCCAACUUUCACUUCCGGGAAAAUGAAGAUGAUGUUCCAAACACUGGUGGACUGUAUUCCUAAUUUCAUAGCAAAAAUUGAAGCAGAUCGUGUGGCCAGUGCACCGAUUGAUAUUAAAGAGACCCUUGGAUGUUUCACUACUGACAUAAUUGGGUCGUGUGCCUUUGGUUUAGAAUUCAAUACAUUCAAAGACGAAGAUUCCCCUUUCAGGCGGUACGGCAGGAAAUUUUUUGAGCGUGAUAGACUCACAGUGAUGAAACAGGUUUUGGCAAUCAAUUUCCCUAAUGUUGCGAAAAUGUUCAGUGUGGCGGUGAUCCCGAGUGACAUUUCUAAUUUCUUUGUUAAGCUUGUCAAAGAUACGGUUAACUACAGAGAGAAAAACAACUACAGUCGCAAAGAUUUCAUGCAACUACUAAUCGAUAUCAAAGGUAAAAACCUUGCGAAUGAAGGAGGUAACAAGUAUGACGGUAAAACAUUAACUCUUGAUGAAAUCGCUGCCCAAAGUUUCGUUUUCUUCAUCGCGGGAUUUGAAACCUCAUCCACGACCAUGGCUUUCGCUCUCUAUGAGCUUGCGAAACACCAAGAUAUACAAGAUAAGCUCAGAGACGAAAUUGAUAGUGUUUUGGCCACACAUAAUGGAGAGAUUACUUAUGAGAGUAUCCAAGACAUGAAGUAUAUGGAUCAAGUGAUUAGCGAAACCUUAAGGAAAUACCCGCCGCUGCCCUUCCUAACCAGAACAUGCGUAAAGGAUUACAAAAUUCCAGAUGAAGAUGUGGUAAUAGAAAAAGGUACUAGGAUUUUCAUUCCAGUUCUUGGUAUUCAUCACGAUAAGGAAUUCUACCCAGAUCCAGAGAAAUUCGAUCCGGAGCGAUUUACUGAAGAGAGUAAGAGUAACAGACACCAUUAUGCCCACAUUCCAUUUGGCGAGGGACCCAGGGUUUGUAUAGGUGCACGUUUUGGUCUAAUGCAGUCAAAAGUGGGGCUGACUACUCUAUUGAAACAUUACAAAUUUACAAUCAACAAGAAAACAAUACAACCACUCAAAAUGAAAGUCUCCUCUAUUGUGCUAGCCGCGGAUGGAGAAAUUUGGCUAAAUGCGGAAAAAGUAUAAAUGAAGCUCUUAUUUUAAUUAUUUUGGCUCAACUCUUGAUAUUUCCAUUUUUCAUUUUAUUAUUCGCUUACAGUUUAUACAAAGAUAUAUUUCUUGUUAUAUUUUUCUUUAAGUAUAGAGAAACAUUUUAGUCACAUUUCACACAACGCAGGCUAUGUUUGAAAGGAGACGAAGAGGAAUGGCUGUUGAUGAAGAGCUAUGACUUUUUCAACACCCAGUUUUCCUACACUUCGUUUACACGUACUUAUCAAUUGUUCGUUGUCAUGCAGAGACAACAGGAACAAAUGUCAGUAAUCUAGUGAAUGUUAUAAUUGUUUUAAUAAAGUUAUCACAUACUGUGUCAA